AUGAGUGUUUUUACUCCCUUACUCAAGAAGGGCAAGCCGUACGAAUGGAGUAAGGAAUAUCAAGAAGCUUAUCAGCAAGUGCAACAAAUAAUCCCCAAGCUGCCCUCUAUGAGAACACCCAUUUCAAGGCUUCCUCUCAAGCUUUAUCUAGCUGCAACAAAUACAGCGGUUGGAGCUUUACUCGCUCAAGAUGACCACGGUGGAGAAGAAAGUCCUAUUUAUUAUGUGAGUAGGCAACUAAGGGGAUCUGGAACCCCAAGAACCGAACUCUUGUGUCUUGCCCUCGUUUAUGCUGCCCAUCGCUUGCGACAUUACUUCCUUGCUCACAAGUUGCAGCUCAUAGUGAGGUCCGACCCUGUAGGAUACUUGCUCACAAGGCUGGUGUUAUCUAGAUGUCUUGCACGUUGGUUACUACAGCUGUCCGAAUUUGAUAUCACAUGCAUCACUUCGAAAGCCAUCAAAGGACAAGCCGUGAUCGACAUGCUGGCUCUAUUUCCUGAAGUAGAAGAAUCAAUGCUUUCUAAGGAAGUUCUGGGGGAGCUGCCGAAAAUAGUUGCUAUUGUUACAAAAGAGGAACCGUGGACCCUUUACUUUGAUGGGUCUUCUACAUCGAAAGGUGGAGGAGCAGGUGUAGUGCUUGUUAAUCGCGACGGGCAGGCCGCGACCCUCUCAUUCAAGCUAAAUUUUCCUUGCACAAAUAAGACGGCAGAAUACGAGGCCUUCAUCAUGGGGAUGUCUACAGCAAGGGAGAUGGGUGUAGAAAGAAUUAAAAUUAUAGGGGACUCAAACUUGGUGCUGAGUCAAUUGCAAGGGAAUUUUGCUGUGAAGGAGUCAACAUUGGCGCCAUAUCGCACAGCCGCUGAAAGAUAUGCUGAUGCGUUGGCCACUUUGGGAUCAAAGUUUUCAUAUGUUGAAGAACAACCCAACAUUACCGUAAUCAAGAAGGACGUGCCGGUGAUCAAAGCAAUGGUCCAAGAGGAGCAGCUGGAAGAGGACGACUGGAGGAAACCUGUGAAAGAAAAAAUAAGCAAAGGAAGCGACAUCAAAGAAUUGAAAGAUUAUGCGAUCAUCUUUGGGGAGCUGUACAGACGCCUUCCAAGAGGUAUUUUGACCCGUUGCAUAGGGACAAUAGAAGCACGAGUGAAGCUUCAAGAAGUACAUGAGGUCACUUGCAAUUUGGAGCCAAUAAUCAGCUUGUAUCGACGUUUGCAAUGCAAGGGUUGUUACUAG